AUGGACACAGAGCAGGACCUCGCACAACAACCAUCACAGAGUCCUCCUUCUUCCAACUCCUCCUCACAGGACAGGUCACAUCGCAGAGCUGGAGACCGUCGAGAGCGCACCGACAGAGACCGGGAACGGGAUCGAUCUGACCGAGACAAAGACAGAAACCGGGAACGAUCCGACCGUAGUGACCGUCCCCGUGAACGAAGCGAACGAAGCGAACGUACCGAACGUCCCGACCGUGAACGUAGUGAUAGGGGAGAUAGAGGGGAGAGAACUGACCGAGAUCGAGACCGUGAACGAGAACUGCGUCGUGAGGCUCGACAGGCUGCCGCCGCCGCCGCUGCUGCUGCCUCUCUUGGAGGAGAACCUCCUGUUAGCACUAGCUCGAGAUCAGGAUCUGGAAGUUCUUCUUCGAGACGUGAGCAGCGGGACCGUGAACGGGAACGGGAGAGGACAAGGGUGGGGGAAGGAGAGAGGGGGGACAUGGUGAUGUCGCCGGACCCUUCGUCUUCGGGGUACAGUUCGCGGGAGUACAGUCCUGUCUCGGAACGGAUCCGGGCCCCUGCCUCUCCUUCCUCUAGACGGCGUCAGUACGAUGCAUCUGCUGGUGGGAGUGCAAGCGGACCAACGUCGCCUUUACUCCUCUCGCCUCGUCAACAGCCUCAUCACCAUUUUCCUCAGCAACAGCCCCAGCAGUCUAUGUUUUCUGAGCGAUCGGGCCGUCCGAGUGGAGAGCGGUCUCCGGUGUCGGAACGUGGAGGGGAGCGUAGUCGUUUUGGUGGGGGUGUAGAGUUCCCUGGGAUGGAGGAUGUGUUGAUGUCCAACAGGUCAUCGACUACUUCUGCAGCUGCCACUCCAGCGGUGACGCCAGCUACGAGUUCGAGUGCGAAUGUGACGAAACCAGAUCUGGUGAUGUUUGAAGAGACUGAGGUUAUUGACGAUGUUGAGGAGGAGGUGGCAGAUGAGGUCGAGUUCCAUAUUCCACCAGUGCCAUCCACAGCAGAACCAGCAGCACCAGGAGGGGGAGAGGGAGUGGCAACAGCAGCCGCUGCAUCACGGUCAGCAUCGCCAGUGUCUAUCAGACGAGACACAUUCGAGUCAGACAGGAUGAUGCAGGAGGAACAACAACACCGAAUGCAGGAGAAGGCAGGAGGAGUUUAUCCAGGUGUCGUUGAUGAGGAAGAGACACAUUCGCAGAGCCCUCUUUCCUCGGUACCGACUCAGCAGUACCCUCCCCACCAUCAGGAGAAAGAACAGUACUCGCAAGAGUACCGUCAGCAUGAUACAGAUAUGGAGACUGAAGAACAUCAUGUCCAUGUACAUGCACCUUCGUCAACAGCGGCGACAACCAGAGAAAUUGCAGUUCCAUCAACAUCAUUGGGGGAAGAAGAAAUGACACAACCCAUGACGACCGCUUAUCCUCUAGAGACGACCUAUUCGACCCCUGUUGGCGUUGCCUCUACUUCUACUGUGUCAGCGAUAUCAUUGUCGAUCACCAACAAGGCUUUGGAUUCUGACAAGAGAAAACAGGACUCGAAGGAACACCAUGAUGCACUCAAGGCACAGGAGGACGCCAAGAUCGAGGAAUUGAAAAAGACGAUCGCCGACCUCCAACAGCAGGAACAGGACAUCAUCCGUUUGUUAAGGGGUAUGGGUACACCAAGGGAGAUGGUUUCGCGACACAUCCAAGAGUUGCACGAGUACAAUGAGAUCAAGGAUGUUGGCCAGGUCAUCCUCGGCAAGUGCGCGGAGUUGGAAGGGACGACUAUCAAGACGCAAUACGAGAACUUUGGUCUCGAUAUGGAUGACUGA